UGAUAGGCAAGCCGUCCAUCAGACUCCGUCGUUGGUGGAUCCCAUUCCUUCUCGCCUUCGGGAUAAUGCUAGGCGAACUUCCUACGAUGUUGCUGCCAAGACGCUGGCUGAGCCCCUCUAGUUGUCCAGACAUCGAGCCUAAGCCUCUGUCCUUCAUCUCAUUUCGAUAUGCGGCUUUGGAAACACGACUUUCGGGGCAGGACCCUGAUCUUUGCCAUCACUGCUGCAUCAUGCCAGGCCUUCUUACUACUGGGAUAUGACCAGGGCGUCAUGUCUGGGAUCGUCGGAGCCGACAACCGCUUUGCCAAGGACUUCAACAACCCCGAUGCUGCGAUGCAAGGCGACAUCACCGGGUUAUACGAUAUCGGCUGCGUGGUUGGGUCCAUUGUCUGCUAUUUUGUCGGCGAGAGAUACGGGCGCCGCACUAUGCUCUUGACUGGUGGAACCAUCAUGAUCAUUGGGUCUGCCAUUCUUGCCUCAUCAUACUCCAUCGCACAGUUGCUCGUUGGCCGGAUUGUCACAGGCAUUGGCAAUGGCAUGAAUUCAUCCACGGCACCCGUCUUUCAGAGUGAAUGCUCACCUGCAUCUUAUCGAGGUGCUCUGUUGACUCUUCAGGGCACUGUCACUAUCUUGGGUGUUGUCAUUGCAUACUGGCUCGACUACGGCACCAGCUUCUAUACCUCUGAUUUCGAAUGGCGUUUCCCUCUCGCUUUCCAAUCCGUCUUCGCUCUUUGCCUCAUCCUCCAGAUCAUCGGUCUUCCUGAAACCCCUCGUUGGCUGGUCCAACACGAUCGACACGAAGAAGCCCGUGCCGUCAUUGCCGCCAUUCAGGACACCCAUAUCAACGAUCCCGCCGUCACCAAAACCAUCCUCGAUAUCCAAGUCGCCCUCGAUGAAGAACAACGGGAAGGCCCUUUCCGCUUCGCGGAGCUCUUCUCGUGGGGCGAAGUGCAGAACCUCCGUCGUCUUCUGAUCACUAUCUCGAUCGAGCUGGGCCAACAGUUCACCGGGUCAAACAUGAUCAACUACUACGGUCCGGUCCUUUUCCAAACCACCAUGGGCAUGAGCCGUAACCUCUCUAUGCUCCUGGGUGGCGGCAUGCAGUGCACCUACCUCGUCGGGUCUGCGAUUCCUGUGUUUCUCAUGGAUCGAUUUGGACGCCGCACACUGUUGAUGGUCUGUUCCGCAGGGCUGUGUCUGUGUUUCGUGAUGGUCACAAUCCUGCUGUCGCUUGACCGCACGGACUGCGCGUACGGUGCGACCGCGUUCAUCUUCAUUUUCCAAAUCUUCUACGGAAUCGGCUGGUUACCGGUCCCGUGGUUCUAUCCAUCUGAGAUCAACACGACGCGGGUCCGGACGCGGAUGUCGGCGAUCGCAUCCGGGUGGAACUGGAUGGCUGUGUUCGCGGUGGUGAAGAUCACCCCCAUCGCCUUUGCAAAUAUCGGCUGGAAGACCUUCAUCAUCUUCGCGGUGCUCAACGCCGUCUUCAUCCCGAUGGUCUACUUCUUCUAUCCCGAGACGAAAGGCCUGGAGCUGGAGGACAUCCCGCUGCUCUUCGCCAAGGGCGGGGUCACAGGCGGCGUGUUCAGCGCCAAGGGCGGGCGGACGGUCAUGCCGGGACAGCACGCGCAGGAAGCCCACGUGGAGCGCAAAUUGGAGACGGACGUGCAGCAGGUCGAGAACAUCGACCAGAUCCCGAUCCAAGCGUGAGUGUGUACACAUACAGAACAGCAGCCAAGGCUAGAAUUAGAGCUAGAGAAUAGAACCUCACCCCUACAUGAAAACAGUACAUAUACAAUCCAUUCUGGUUAGCAUCGCAAACAUAAACACAAACUCACUCAUAAAAAGUCAUCAACAGCACCCAUCCUCCCUCAGAAGCCCUCUCAUGACAGGAAAGUAGAAUCAUCACAUCUCAUCGAUCCUCGGCUCCUCCCUCUCGGCAAAC